AUGCCGAGCCCUCGCGAUUGCAAGGCAACCAUGCUGCAAGGUAGUGGAACUGUCCAAGUGACUGAUGGGUCUCCGCGAAAGGGCUAUGGAUCCCCCAAGAAGGGUGCGAGUGUCCAGUUCUUCAUCGAAAGUGCUCUCGACUCAGCCUUGCUCGUGCAGCCUCAGCACAAGGGCAUGUGUGUCGACUUGAAAACAGAGAACGAGUAUUGGACACAGAGCUCGAACAUGAGCUCUUUGGACACCCGCGGCGAGCUCAUUCGGCACAAGGACUCGGGGCGAGGUGAAUCGGAGGCACGCAAGCAGCGCGACCUGCAAUCGCAGGUGCUUGGUGGCUCGUCGAAGACCUCGCUGCUUGGGCUUGCACCUGCUGGGCUGCCUCUCAGCGCACGGGAGUACAAAGCAAACGACAUGGCAACUUCAGAAGAGAGCCCACUGAGCGCGCGCAAGCCCGUGCAACCAACCACAUCCAUGAGUCCACGGAGCACGAUCGUGGCAUUCCGUGACAGCACCAAUGAUGCGUCCAGGCGCAGCGAUAGCCAGUUCACUGACCUGAGGAGCUUUGACAUGCCGGCUGCGAGAUCUCCAAGGCGCAGUGAGAUGCACGACGUGGCGACAACGUAUUGGGCCAACAGUACCACAGAAAUAUCGCGCAAGAACGCGCAGCGCCAACAAAGACGUGGGGGUCAAGAGGGCGACGCCGUGGAGACUGCAGGCACUUUGAUCCACCAAUCAUCUCCCAGGUUGUCAAUGGAAAGUGAACAUUGCAGGAAGAUCUGGCAGGACGAGCGAGUCUGCAGCGGAUCGUCUGGCAUGCAAGCGUCUGCGGAGAUCGCUCGUCGAAGGCGGGAGCUUCAGUCAAGCAAGUCCAUGGGUGACCUACCUUCCCCAACUUUAACGGCUUCAGAGCGAAAGCGAGUUGACCUGGCUUCUGGCCAAGUGCGUUUGGCUGCAGGGAUACCACUGAAGAAGCAUGACGAUGGCAGUCCUUCCAGCUGGGCAUCUCCUCGCUCCAUGCGAGCAACUGUGACACAGCCGGCAUGUGCAAAGUCAGCUGUCCGCAGCGUCAUGCACCUCGGAGUGCAAUUGUGUCAGAAAACCUCCCGGUGA